AGCAGCUGGGGCCUGAUGGCUCCUCGAGAGAAGCAGCUAUCGGGGCCUCCUGCUCGGCCCAGGGCGCCACACCCCACAGCCAGCCUCUUCCCCCUCCUGCUCCUCAGCCCCACCAAGCUGGGCCCCCAGAGGAGGAGGAGGAGGAGGAGGAGCGUUGGCCCAGGGUAUAAAGGGAUCCAGCCCUGGAAGGAGCCCCAGCUCUGCCCAGAAGGUUUCCUCCAGCAGCCGAGAGAAGCUCCCAGCCCACAGCCAGCCAUCAUGGUGCACUGGACCGCCGAAGAGAAGCAGCUCAUCACCACUGCCUGGAGCAAAGUGGACGUGGCCACCCUGGGUGCAGACUCCCUUGCCGGCCUGAUGAUCGUCUUCCCCUGGACCCGGAGAUUAUUCACUCACUUUGGGGACAUCUCCAGCCCUGCCGCCAUCAGUGCCAACCCCAAAGUCAGGGCACACGGUAAGAAGGUCCUGACCGCCUUUGCAGACGCCAUCAAGAACUUCGACAAGAUCAAGGACACCUUUGCCCCGCUGAGCGAGCUGCACUGCGACAAGCUCCACGUGGACCCCGUCAACUUCACGCUCCUGGGCCAGGUCCUCAUCACCCUCCUGGCCGCCCACUUUGGGAAGGAAUUCACCCCUGCUUACCACCAUGCCUUCCACAAGCUGGUCGGGGUGGUGUCUCAUGCGCUGGCCCGCCGGUACCACUGAGGCACCCCCAGGGAGAAGCGGCCGCCUCCUGCUGGUCUCGCCACCCACCGGGUGGGGUGGGGGCCACCCUUUCCUGCCCCCAUGUGACGCCUGAGCCUCUAAUAAAUCAUCCCUCUGCGAUCUGA